AUGCCUUUCUACUCGACGCGAGUGUGUGAGUGCAGUGCAGCCUUGGAUCCAUCGUGGAACCACCACAGUCCCCCCGGGCGCACAGCCUUCGGGCCGGAAGCGCUCAAAACCAGAAACUACUCUCUGGUGUUGCUGAUCCAGCUCAGCCUGCUCUCCUUCGACCUCUUCGUCAACUCCUCCAGCGAGCUGCUGAGAACUGAACCCGCCACCAUGCUGGUACUCUUCAUAAUCCAGGACAUAUCAAUCCUGUUCAACCUGAUCAUCAUUCUGCUGAUGCUGUUUAACACCUACGUGUUCCAGGUCGGCCUGGUGGCUGUAUUACUGGAGCGCUUUAGAGCUGUGCUAAUGCUCUCUGCUCUCUAUCUGACCUUCAGUAUCAUACUCCACUCCUGGCUCAUGAACCUGCGUUGGAUGAAUACAAACAGAUUUGUUUGGACAGACGGCCUUCAGGUGCUGUUUCUGGUCCAAAGAGCUGCUUCAGUGUUGUAUUACUACUUCUACAAGAGGACCACUGAGUAUCUGGGCGACCCUCGCCUCUAUGAGGAUUCACCGUGGCUGCGAGAACUGUUCUCUCGGGUUAGACAGUGAUCUCACCCUAAACAAAUAUUGGAAGUAAAGAUGCUUCAAUAAAAUAC